GCGAAAAAAAAAGUUGACGUCUGUAAACCACCACGCGACCCCAACAACCCCUUCACCAUCAACGCAUCGCCCGCGGCCAAUUCGCUCUCUCCUUCCUCCCAUCGGCCGCCGUGCAUCAUCAUUUUCUUUUCUCUUUUCUGCCGUCAUUCUCUCUCUUGUGUGAAAUUCGUCUGCGUCCUUUUGCCCCUGACCCGCGCAUCGCUCUCCUAUUUCCAGGCUGUCCCUCCCCCUCCGGCCAUGCCGCUUGGCUUCCAAACUUCCAUCUUCGGCAAAAACAACUCCUCCGACACCCAUGCAUCGCUUUUAAAUAUUGACGACCGCCAUGCAGAGCGGACCCCGCAUAACCCUAUAACCGCACACGACCACCAUAACGACAUGACGUCCGACGACGAUCUCGAAGUAGAAGGCCGGCCGCCCUACCUCCAUGCCAUGAUUGCAGGAGGCAUCGGCGGCUCGACAGGAGACCUCCUCAUGCACUCGCUCGACACCGUCAAGACACGGCAGCAAGGCGACCCCAACAUCCCCCCUCGAUAUACAUCUCUCGCAAACUCAUACUACACCAUCUGGCGCCAGGAAGGCGUGCGCCGCGGGCUCUACAGCGGCUGGGUACCCGCGCUUGGCGGCUCGCUGCCCGGCACCAUGCUAUUCUUCGGCACAUACGAAUGGAGCAAGCGCUUCCUCAUCGACCACGGCAUGCAGCACCACCUGGCGUACCUGAGCGCCGGCUUCCUCGGCGACCUGGCGGCGUCGAUUGUCUAUGUGCCGUCCGAGGUCCUCAAGACCCGUCUGCAGCUUCAGGGCCGCUUCAACAACCCGCACUUCUACUCGGGGUACAACUACCACGGCACGGCCGACGCCGCGCGCACCAUUGUACUUAAAGAAGGCGUGUCGGCGCUAUUCCACGGCUACAAGGCCACGCUGGGCCGCGAUCUGCCCUUCUCAGCGCUGCAGUUUAUGUUCUGGGAGCAGCUGCACGCUUGGGCGCGCAUGUACAAGCAAAGCCGCGAUAUCGGCGUUCCGCUCGAACUCCUGACUGGCGGUGUUGCUGGCGGUCUGGCCGGCGUCAUAACGUGUCCGCUGGACGUUGUUAAGACACGGUUGCAGACGCAGGUCCAUCCGUCAUUACGUGCUGAACGUCAUCCUUCAACAGCGGGCGCUCAGAAGCGCGGCAUCUCCACGUCCUCGCCUAAUACGCAUCGCCCACAACCUGGCGCUAUUGCGCUAGAAACGCAGUCUGUCAUCCAGGGCCUCAAGGUCAUUUACCGCACCGAGGGUCUGAGCGGGUGGUUCCGUGGCGUCGGACCUCGCGGUGUGUGGACGUUCAUCCAGAGCGGUUGCAUGCUGUUCUUGUACCAGCGGCUUUUGCAUCAGCUCGAGACCUGGGUUCCUGUGGAGCGCGAGGAGCCUUGAGAUGCAAGACAUUUUGUCUUUGUCUCUGUUUUUAUAUACAACAACCUGUACCAAUAUUUUCCUCUUAUUUUUCGUUGUUCAUGGGGGUCACAUCAUCACCAGCACCACUCAAGACCAUCUUUUUGUUAUAACUUUGCAUCAGGCACCCUGCUGCGCGACGACUCGUACAUAUACGGACCCGCGGUAGGGAUUGUGGAGGAAAAGAGGGAGAAGGAAUCUCUUUUUAGAAGCCGGAAUAGAAAACCAUGGUCGUUUCCUCAUUCUGCAUUGGCGUUUUAGACAUAUCUUAUUUCACGAGAAGGGGAAGGGGGUAGAGAAAGAAGAACAGAGGCCACGGCGAUUAGGGCCUAGUUAACGCGCAAUGUAUAGACGUCUGGCACAUGGAAGCAGCAUGUUCCUUGUCAUAUUUCGCUAUCAAUUGCAUACAUAAUUCCAACUCAUAAGCAAUGUAACUUUCUGGG